AGGAUUUGUCUCUGCAGUUGUUGACCUCCUGGAGAUUCUGUUCAUCGUCUUGAUGGUGUGUGGUGUUUGCACGUGCUGGAAUAAAGUUGAAGCAAACCAGACAAGUGUUGCAGGCUCGAAGACCCCUCAAAAUUUCAUUGAAACCCAUCAUGCGGUAUAUGAGUACGUCAGCAAACCACAGGUUUACGCACAAGCUGAAAAAUACUGCGAGUAUAAAUUUGCGUCUCUGCUUUCCAAAACACAAGGGGUGCAGGACCUAAGUGGAAAUUUGGUUCAGUUUCCUAUUUGGCUGAAGAAAGAGAAAAUCCCAGAGUUGCAGUCCCUCACAGCUCUAGUUUAUGAGCACAGAACAGACACUAAAUAUGCCAAAUUAAUGGCGAAAUUCCCAUCUUUUCACGAAAUUACAGUUUGUGCCCAUAUUCAGUGGGGCAACCCCAGUAAGGAUUUUGAAACUGUCUUCUCAUAUGCAGCGAAGAACUUCACUAAUGAGUUUCAACUCCGAGGAAUGAGUGAUGAGGAUGGCUUUGUCCGGUUUGCCGGCAUAAUUCAUGGCCAUCAUUCAAGGUAUUCUUCUGUGUUCUCCAAUGAUGGGCAGUGGCAUCACAUCUGCAUAACUUGGCAAAGACGGAAUGAAACCAUGAGUCUGUAUGCCGAUGGUGAAUAUAAAACCUCAUCCAGGAUCCCUGCCUCCGAGGAUAUCCUCAUGGGGGGAAUCUUUAUCAUUGGGCAAGAUCAAGAUUCUUAUGGUGGGACAUUCAAAGAAAAGGAAUCAUUUAGCGGUAAUAUCACCAGUCUUAACGUGUGGGCAAAAGUUCUCCGUCGAGACCAGAUACAAAAGCUGUCACUGUGCAAUAAAGUGGAACAGGACAUUGUAUUUGGAUGGAGCACCCACAAGCUGGAAAUCGAGCCUACACUGAAGAAAAUGGAGGCAAACUCAGUCUGUUCAGGAUAUUCAUCAAAAUGUCGAAUUCUGCAAAACGGUGGCGACACCAACUACACAUCGUGUUCCGCUGAACUACCAUUUGUUUGCAACCACAAUAAAGACGUUUAUAAGAAAUUUCAAGCUACCAAAACAGUGAGUCGUGACCAAACCUUCGCCAACAAAGUGAAUAUGAUUGCAAACCGCAGCGUGAUUUUUGAAAACCCUCUUACUAGCAACAUUACCCAGAUGAGCGCACCUGAGGCUUUGGCAUGCCUUCAGGCCAUCGAAAAAGGUAUGGAAAUAGAAGAAAGUUCUCUGGACUCAGUGGAUGUAUUAGGCAUCAUCCAGUUUCUCAAGGAAGUCUCAGAUGUGGAUAUGCACAGCAACAAAGAAACAUUAGAAGAACUGAGUCAGCAUUUUGUUCACGUCACCGGGGAGCUUCUUGAGCAAAGUGACUCAGAAAUGUGGUCAGAAGUCACUCAGGUUAUCAAAGGACCUAUGGAAAUCAUUCAGACAGUGGAGAAAAUGGCCUGUAACUUUGUCCAACUUCUGUCUGUUGAGAAAAAAGAAGUCUUUAUACAUCACAAGAACAUUGAAAUUGCUGUGAGUCAGGUCGAUCUAGGCAUGGACAGACAUAUUUUCAAAGUACAUACUACUGAAAGAGUGGAUGAAAUCGAAGUUGCAGGGGAGGACCUUAAGAAAGUGAUAGAAGGUCACACUGAGGUUGCUGUAGUAAAUAUGUGGUCUAGUUUAAACCCCUUUCAACAUUUGUUUGGAGACCAGAGCUACAAAUUCCUUCAUGGAGAUAAGUCUAUUUCAGACGGAGGAUACAAGCAUGCGGGCACUUACCUUGGAUCCUCUGUUAUAUCGUCAACAGUUUUAGCCGGGGGCAAAGAAAUAAGCACGUCUGUUCAGUACUAUUUGUGGCACAAUGAGAUACGUGAUGGAAUAAACAAGCUUGGCACCAGCCCUGUCUGUGUUUUUUGGGAUUUCAGCCUUGGGCCAGAAAAUGAAGGUGGCUGGUCCACUGCUGGCUGUCAUAUCAAAAAUACGUUCUCUGAUGCAACCAGUUGUUUCUGUAAUCAUACCACCAACUUUGCUGUCUUGUUGCAAGUUUAUGAUGUUCAGAGAAGUGCAGAAGAGGAGUGGAUUUUGAGAACACUGACAUUUAUUGGAUGUGGAGUAUCACUAUGUGCACUUGUAGUAACUUUCAUUCUAUUCCUUGUUGUUGGAGUCCCUAAAUCAGAAAGAACAACUGUUCACAAGAAUCUGAUAUUUGCCCUGGCUGCUGCAGAAACUUUGCUUAUGUUCAGCGAGAUGGCCAAGAGUAAUAAGGUUGCCUGUGUUACAGUUACAGCAUGUCUUCAUCUGUUUUUUAUGGCUGCCUUUGCAUGGAUGUUGGUUGAAGGAUUACUAUUAUGGAGUAAAGUUGUUGCUGUGAACAUGAGCGAAGAUAGAAGAAUGAAAUUUUACUAUAUCACUGGAUGGGGCUUGCCAGUCAUUAUUGUAAGUGUGACCUUGGCAACCUCCUUCAAUAAGUAUCUGGCAGAUACUCACUGCUGGCUGAAUGUUCAUAGUGACAUUAUCUGGGCCUUUGUGGGACCCGUUCUCUUUAUACUUACGGUCAAUACAUUUGUCCUAUUCAGAGUUGUGAUGGUGACCAUCUCAAGUGCUCGUAGGCGUGCCAAGAUGUUGACCCCUAACUGUAGCUUAGAGAAGCAGAUUGGCAUCCAGGUCUGGGCUACUGCAAAGCCGAUUAUUGUGCUCCUUCCUGUCUUGGGACUGACUUGGUUGUGUGGUGUUUUGGUACACAUAAGUGUAAUCUGGGCAUACAUUUUUAUUUUCCUAAAUGCUUUCCAGGGCCUGUAUAUUUUCUUGAUUUAUGGCAUUUAUAACAGUGAGGUAAGAAAUGCUAUUCAAAGAAUGAAGGAAAAGAAAAAGGCAUUAUCAUUCACAAACUGUUCUCAACCAACAAACUAUUUAUCCAGUCCAAGAAAUACCACAACAGACAUUGGAAAACCAAAUAUCACCCGUCCUAAGAGCAGCUUAUCAGAUGUACCUUCAAAAACCAGCGGUAAUAAGGGACAUGUGGUUUCCAAGCACCCAGUUAACAUAUAUUCCAUCUUGUCAACUGAAAACACAGUUGUAGAACUGACAUCUUUCAAAGCAUCAGGUUGCUGACUGAAUGAUAAGAACAAAUAUUAAUGCCCAUUAAAAACCAUGGACAUGACGGAAAG